GGAAGGAUCGAAUUUCGAAAGGGUGGACUACUUUUUAACGGCGCACGCUCGCCGUGGUGGGGGUAGAUGGCGCGCACGGGCACGCGGAGGCAGCGCUUCGAGCACGUAGGUCAAGUUACGAUAGGACCGCGCGCAUACAGUUCGCGGGGAGCGCUCGUGUAGUGCGCGUUGUUGUCCCGUGUUCCUCUAGAUGAUCGAUCACGUGGGAAGCAGAGCGGCGGUUGGUUUACGCGAUACGGUGGCGGCGAUCGAGCUCGAUCGAGGGGUGCUAUUAGAUAAUAAUAAAUGUGUCGGGCUCCGUGAUGGACAACCCUAGCGGCGGAAGGGACGGUCGUUACGCGAGUCUCGGCUACGGCAUGGGGAUGAUCGGUAGCGACGGUGCCACGGAAAUGUACGGGCGACCGUCCACCUCCCAACUCGGUGCUGCUGCUGCUGCCGCCGCCGCUGCAGCCGCUGCUGCUUCUCAGUUGGGCCAACGUGGUGGCGCCACCAUGAUGCCCGGGGGCGGCCCGACGCCCGGCGUCGCCACGGUCCAGAGCAGAGGCAUCAAGAGGACGACGUCGGAUGUUUGUUAUACCGACGACACUAACGCCAGGCAGCAGGCACUUUCCCAACAGCAGCAGCAGCAGCAGCAGCAGCAACAACAACAGCAGCAGCAGCAGCAACAGGGCAUGACAAUGUCCGAUUGUGUCGCCGAGAAUCUCGAUGAAUCCUUCACGAAUCUCGGACAGCCGAAGAAGUCGCCACCCUCUAAUGGAAAGAAGACCAAGGGUAGAGUCAAGAUUAAAAUGGAGUACAUCGAUAACAAGCUAAGAAGGUACACCACAUUCUCCAAGAGGAAGACCGGUAUCAUGAAGAAGGCGUACGAGCUGUCGACGUUGACCGGUACGCAAGUGAUGCUAUUGGUAGCGAGCGAGACCGGUCACGUGUACACGUUUGCGACGCGCAAACUGCAACCGAUGAUAACGAGCGAAGCCGGGAAAGCGUUGAUCCAGACGUGCCUGAACAGUCCCGAUCCACCGCCUUCCGGUUCCUCGGGAGAUCAACGGAUGUCGGCGACCGGGUUCGAGGAGACCGAGUUAACCUACAACAUCGGCGACGAGGAGCAGAAAGAAGACGGAACGUCGCCUAGAUCGGAUGUCUGCGCAAACGAGAGCGACGGUGAUACGAGCGACGGCGAUUCACCGGUUUCGAAGGAUCUCGCAAAGAAUCAUUCGGGAAAUAUACCUUCGUUCUCCGCUGGAAUCAUGUACCAGAUGCCACAAAGUGUCAUUUAUUCGCCCAGUCCGGGUGUUUUACUCGGUAUUGGACAAAACGGCCAGCCCGUACAAAUUUCACAAGACGGAGGUACGACAACAUCGGUUAAUUCAUCACAAGGAAAUCAACCGUUCAUCACGAUACCGCUGAACGUGGCGAUGAGUGCCGCAGGUCUCUCGUUGCCGGUAUCCUCGAGAACGAGCUUGUCAUCUCCGUCACCGAGAUCACCGAUUUCAGGGUCAGCAUCUUCAGUUGCAUGCGAGUUGCCCUCCGACCUCAGCAAGGACAGAGAGUGACAAAGACGAAACAUAACCGGUGAUGCUCAUAUUCGAGUCUCGCUGUGUCGUAAACCGUCGGAAAACUUUCCGAAGGAAUCUCGAUUCGAGUCUCGAAGACGGAAGGAAAAGAAAAUUCGUGAAGAAAAGAAGAAAAAGAAGAAGAUAAUGAUGGAUUAAGGAAAAACAAAGAAGAGGAAGGCUCGAAGAAAAACGAAACGAAAGAAAUAUCGACAAGGAUGAUCAUGGAUCUUAAAAAUGGCGGCAUGAUCAUGAAGGAACUGAAGAAGAAAUGAAAAGCCGACAAAAUUUAGACUAUACAAACGAGGCCCUGGCUCUUCUUCCUUCAAGUUUUUCGCGAUUAAAAACGGACUAAACGUGACAAGUGAGUCUCUCUCUUUCUCUCUCUUUCUCUCUUGUCUUUUUUUUUUCUUUUUUUUAUCGCUGUGUCUCCCUUUCUUUCUCUCUCUUUCACGCUCUCACUCCCUCAUUCACUCACUCACUCUGUCUUUCUCUUUUCCGCCAUACAUCGAUUUUCUUUCAUCUCGGAGAUCGUCGAAGAAAGAUAAUUCUUUGAUUAUUGUGUCCCUUCGUUCGAGUCUUGGAUGAGUUAUCGCAAGUAGGUCGAUCGUGACACCACUGACGACAACAACGACGAUAACGACGACAACGAUGAUGACAGACGCGCGAAAGCCGCAUACUUUUCUUACGUCCCGAUAUAACUGUUUGAGAUGCGACCAGUCAAAGGCAUGCGACUUUUAAGUCCGGAUCAAAAGAACGAAAAGUAAUAAGGGGGUCGAGAAACUUUUGAUUCGAAUGGAUGUACAUACAUAAGUCUCAAAUUUUAUUGAUCAAUAAUUAAUUUCCCUGAAAUUUUCAGGGGAAGAGAUUAAAAUAUAAUCAAUCGUUGAUUUUUGUAUUCGCGUGAGUUUAUUUCUAAAUAUCAUUGAUCGAGUAUACGAAUUUUCAAAUGCCAAUGAAAAUAUUAAAGAAAUCCAAUUGUAAUAUCGAUUUGAUACGAUAUAUCGAUAUUGAUUUUGCGACAUGAAUCGGAUAAAUCUGGGAAUAAUAAAACAGAUACGUUCGUAAAAAGAUUCAUUUUAAAUUCAUUAAUGAGAUAUAGUUUGCAUCAAAUGUGAUAUGGAAAAAUAAGAUCUAUCGGACAAUAUUAUUUCGAUUCGUAUUCGAGAAAAGAAAUUUAUUUUUGUUGAAAAGCGAGUUAUUAAAUUUCGUAUGUCCAUGAGCAAUCGAUCCUAGGUUCUUCGUAAAAUAAUCUUUCGAAGUCGAUAAAAAUCUUUUGAAGAAACGAAUGAACUAUUAAAUUAAUAAUAAUUAAUUACCGAUUGUUCGUUGAUCAGAAACAAUUUUUAAUUCUUUACGAUGACGAUCAAUGGAGGAAUGAUCUUUUUCUGCAAAAAAAAAAAGUAAAUGCUAUAAUACUCAAAUCAUUUUGUACAACGAUUUGAUUUAUCUUUUUUUUUAUAUUUAUCAAGAUCCAAUUGAUCUUAUAACAAUAGCAAUCCGAUUUAAUUCUCCAUUACUGUUUUCCUUCUCGGCAGUCUUUAUAAGUUCCUAUUUAUCGUUUACCUUAGUGAUGAGAAGAUCUUCGAAGCUUUAAAAAAUGUCGACGACCCGAAUGUAAGUACUUUUUUAUAGACCAGUUUUUUUUUUAUUUAUUUAUUUUUUUUUUUCACCCAAUCAUCAAUAGCAAUAAAUUCUUUUAUACAUUAGGACACUCAAUUACUUAAAAAGAAAACAAGAGCAGAAAUCGAAGAAAGUGCAAUUGAUAAGUAAUUUGUUUGCGUUUUUACGGCCAUGCGUAGUCUUCUUAGAUUAUCAAUAAACAAUAAACAAUACAAUCUUAAUGUUAGCGAUCAAUAUUACCUAAAAAAUUUUAAUCCGUCAGCUGAAAUGUAACUGACUUGAUCGAGUCCGAUACGUCGAUAGUGAUACGCUCGAAUUAACAAGAUAGAACAACGAUCACGCCUUGGUGAGAUCGAUUAAUUAAGAUCAAUUGAGAAAGAUCGUGGAGUGUCAUAUCGAACACCUUGUUUAAACUUCAUUAGCUCGACCGAUCGAGAGGGCUCUGUGCCCUAUACGACAGAUCCAACUCGUGACUCGAUAAAAAGUGCGUGAAAAUGGACGAUUCAUUGAUUUUAUGUUUCAGGACUUUCUGAAAAUAAUACUACAGGGUUACGGUAUAAUCGUUCAAACAACGUAUCUGCAAUUAUUCGAUUCCCAAAUACGCACUGCCAAUUACGAGACUGACACUAUACAUGAUUUCUUAUUGAUGUUGCAACGAUCCUGCGAGAAGAAAGUUGGAUUUUUGAAGUUGGAUCACGAAGAUCGAUCCCAUCCGAAAAAUGUCUAUGUUGAAUAGAUCUUGAUCUCGUAUAGAAAGAAAUUUUGAAAUAGUGAAUCUUAGCAACGUGCGAAAAAAUAAUGUAUAUCCUAUGGAAUUAGGACAAUUUCAAAUAUCUUUCUUCUCGAUCUUUCCUCGAUAUUAAUACGAAUAUCAAAAAUACGAAGAUCGAUGAAGUUAUAUCUGACAAAUUAUAUUCUUUCCUCAUCAACUAUCGAUUUAGAAAAUGAAAUUGUGAAUUCGUAUUCAUAUCUAAUCGUGCUCAUUUAAUCGACAUAACAUUUGACAUAAUGCAAUGUAGACACGCCGAAAAGAGAAAGCAGAUUAUAUAUAUAAACAUAAUUUUAUAUUAUUUUAUGUAGAAUCUUGUCACGAAGUAUGUCAAAUUCAUAAAUAUGAGAAAUAUGGAACGAAGAGUCUUCGUUAAUUUUUGUUAAGGAUAAAUUCGAUGUUUCGAUCUAAUAUUUGAUAUACGAAAGUGAGAUGUGACGUUAAAAUCUAGAUGGGACCGAUGAAAUGAUUAAUCUAUAAAAUCGAUGAUAUUAAUAACGAUUAAUAAUGGUGCUUUCGUCAAAGACCUAUUGAUAAUAAGGAAGAAGUUGAUAUUAUUAAGAAGACCUUGAAGAAAUGGAAAUCGUUGGGUCUUGGACGAUCUUAAUGGUGAUAUAAUAUAUUUGGAUUAUUGCACAUAAAAUAAUAAGACAUGCAACAUCUCAAAUAGCCGAUUUAAAAAAAAUUGAACGAUGUGAUUAUGUUAAAAUAAAUAACGAAAAUAUGAGCAUUUUUAUGGACGUACGUCGAAAUAAAUUUACCUUUUUUUUUUUUCUUUUAUUCGUGAUUUAGUCAUUUAAUAAUAUUAUUAUUAUUAUUAUUUCGUUUUAUUACAUUUGUACGUAUCUUUAUGUAUGCACGUUAAAAGAGAUCUCGUCAUUAGAAGCAGCUAGCAAUAGAUUUAUUCAGAUAUAAAAAAGAAGAAGAAGAAGGAGAAAGGAAUAUCUGUGUACGUGUGUCGUUCAAUACGAAAUACUAGUCAAAACGGCUAGAUUUAGCCUAGUAACGUGCAAUAACGUUGUGAUUAUACAAAAUUUUAAUUGUAUUAAAAUAAUGGUACAUUUUUGAUAGCGCCGAAACUUUACAGAGAAAUAAAUGAUAAAAACAUCGUUUUAUUAACUUUCACAUAUGAAAUUUAUGAAUUAACGAACGAUAUUUAUGUUCGAUUAAAAAAAAAGAAAAAGAAAAAAAGAAUCAAGAAUCCUUAGAAAACUUUGCGAUUUAUGUAAAAGCUUAUUUUUAUAAACUAAUGUGAAUAUAUUAGAAGGAAAUAAAGGAUCGAAGAAUUGACGGUAAGUUGUACCGUUUUACUUUA